CAAUGCGCUGUUCGAAAGAAGGGAAAAUUCCCUUUUGCUGUAGUGUUAUUCGUUACCUCAUUUCGAAAUUCUUAAUUUAUGUGUUGGAUGUCGAUUGAAGAGAUGGAUGUGUAUGUAUUCGUUUGGAGGAUUAAAAACUAUUCAUCCUGCUACCUAGCUAAAGGUGAAGAAAUUGUGAGCCCAUGCUUUACUAUAGAGACUAUACCUAAUAGUCAGUGGAGUUUGUCAUUUUAUCCUAAGGGUAGCAGAAGCGUGGGAGAUGAUGAAAGAUUCGUAUCCUCCUUUUUACAGUGGAAACCGUUAGUUGAAACUGUGGACUCAGUUUCAAUUUCUUUCAGCUUAGAUAUUGUAGAUGAAAAAGAUAAUAUUUUAGAUUUUGACCAUGACGAUGAAAAAGAUAAUAUUUUAGAUCUUGACGAUGAUGUUACCACAUUUAGUAAACAGUCAAAUUCGUGGGGUUGGAUAACUUUUUUUGCUAUCGAUGAAUUGGAGAAGGAAAUGAACAAUUGGACCGAGGAUGUAUUAACACUUCGAUGCCAAAUAAAUACUGAUACUCAACGCAAAAAAAAGUUUUUUGAAUCAGUAGCCUCUACUACCUUCGAAGUAGAUCGUGGCUGUGUGGAAUGGUAUAUCGAAAUGCCUUCUCUAUUUGAGUAUUCUGAAAGCCUAACUUUUCCAAUCUCAGAUUCAAAUAGUGUUGAAUUAACUUUGAAUUCUACAGAAGAAAAGAUGAAAAUUUUGAUUCACUUUAAAGAUGAUGAGUCUGAAUCAUCUCAACAAUUAACAUGCACGUUAUCUCUCUUCGAUAUAAUAGGAUGCAAGCUGGGUUCAAAGCGUUCUGGGAAAGUGUGUAAAAGGGGAGAAACUUGGACUUUUCCAGAUUUUAUAACAAAGGAAAUGUUGAGAUGUUGUGAAACGAAUUCCUCUCGGUAUGAGUUCAAGUUGAAGUGCGAUGUUUGUAUUUCCAGGAAAACUCAUACAAGUUCUAUCGAAAGAUUAAAAUUUGUGUCACCUUGUAGCCUGAAAUCCAUAAGCAGAGAUAUUCCAAUCUCUGCCAUGCAAAAUAACUUUCGAAAUAUUUUUCUGAACAAAAAUUACUCUGAUGUUACAAUUCGUUGCGAAAAUGAUGAAUUUCCUGCUCAUAAGUUUGUUUUGAAAGUUCGAUCACCAGUGUUUGCCGCCAUGUUUGAUCAAGACAUGUUGGAAAACAAAACUGGUGUAGUGGAUAUGGCUGACAUGGAUGGAAAGACUUUGAAAGCGUUUCUUGAGUUUUUGUAUACGGAUAAAGCGGAUAAAUUGGAUUACGAUAUUGCAAAGAGUCUAAUAUUAACUGCCGAUAAAUACCAAGUGCCGUCGCUUGUGGAUAUGUGUGCUUCAUUUUUGAUACCCAUUAUAUCAAUUGAAAAUGUGUGUGAAAUUAUUGCAAUCGCUGAUAUGAUUGAUUGCAAGAAUUUGAAAUCUUUUGCGCUGAAUUUCAUUAAGGUUAAUGCUGCUAAAGUAUUGCCUACUGCAGCGUGGACAGAAUGGAUUCAAGAUAAUAUUAAGCUAGCUACAUAUAUUCUAUCGGUAUUAUCUACUGCUAUUGGCACCAAUUACAAAUUAAUUUAACCUUUUAUUUUAAUAACUUGAAACUUUUAUGAAGUUCGUAAAAUAUAUAUUUUCUUUAAUUGAAUUAUUUUUUAAAUUUAAAUAU